AUGGGCUCCAAGGGCUGCAAGGGCUUUGGGCUUUUUGGACCAAGCACCCCCUGCAAGGACCGCAGCCACCUGACAUGUCUCCAAGACAAAAAGCCUCAGAUCACCGAAACAUGGGUGCCUGUGCUGCAAGCGUCGCUAGUGCUUCUCGGAUUGACGGCUGGAAGUGGGGUGUCUUUGGAUGGCUUUGGGAUGGAGAGAAUGCGAUGCGUCAACAAGACCGCUGAUCUCACCACCGGGACAAGUGUUCUACCAUGCCAGGGCAGCGCAUCUGUGGGGGAGAUUGAAAUCGUGCCCCCGGAGUCAAGAGCAGGGCGCGUUCCUGGUGUGGCAGUAUCCCUGGAGGCUUUGGCGGUGACUGGAAAGACUGGCAGUCCGUCGCCUGUAUUGGAGGCUGUGCUGGCUGGUCGGAAAAUGGACUUGGAUCGUGCUCAGGCGAUUGCCCAAGAUAUCGGCAAGCCAGAGUACUCACUGGCGCAGUACUAUCAGGACCUUCUCACGACCUUCCCGGAACUUCACUUGUUCAGCCUCGAAGGGCUGUCCGUGGAAGCCACGGAUGAUAGUCCGGAGGGCUUGACAACGGGCGGACGCGCAGCGGGCGACGAAUUCCAACGGACCAUGGGCGCAUUCUUCGCGAUCUAUUGGCUGUUUCGUUUGCCGCUGGAUGGGAAGCACGGCUUCUGUCGUGGGGUGGACGAAUCCUGGAAGCCCGUGGAGUCGCGUGAAGGCGACAGCGACAAAGUGGCAGCCUUCUUUGAAGAUGAUGAGAUUUGGAAACACUUCCAAGACUUGAUGUUGGAUGCAGGUCUGAUGGUGAAACAGGGCGGAGCGAUGCGCGUGGACAAAGAGUCCACUUUAGCACUUCUGGUGCUAACCGCACUGCACGACAUCAUGAAGAUCAAUGCUCUCCUUCCGACGGUGCAAAAGGCCGAUGCGCCCUACCGAGGUUACCUUGAAGCGGAGGUAAUUGCUGACCAUGAUUUGGCAGUCUUCUACAUCAUGGAGCAGCACACCCACAUCCUGCCUUCGCUCUGCCAGCUGCCUCCAGCCAUGCAGCAGGUGGUGCAGACCGUUCUCAGCGGAUUGGCCUUCAAUAAUGGAUGGUUUGUUCAGGCAGAAGCUCCACCAGGAGCUGUUUUCCUUGGCAUUAAGGCCGCCAUCAUGAGGAAUGGGUCGGAGCGGCGUGUGAGCCGCCGUGACCUGAGCCUCUACUUCGUGCAUUGGCUCACGGAUUUGGCUGGAGCGGAGCCAACCCCACUCUGCGGAUGCAACAAAUUGACCUCGCAGUUGCCCAUGCCCGUCCUGAAGAGUUUUAUGAAGUCUGUGAGGUACAUUCAGCAGCUGGCGGAUCGUAGCGAGACGGAGGUCAUGGAGAGCUACCUGAAGGACCGAUGGAAAGAUCAUCGCCCCUCGAUGGGCACCCUGGAGGCGGGACCGCACGCCCUGGCCAAAGCCAGGUUAUUGUGCAUGGCUCAAGGCAAUGCGAAGGUCGUACUGGAUGCCUUUGAGAAACUGUCUCCUGAGGACCAGGAGGUUCUGAGUGUGGAGAUGGCACGCACCGGUGCCGAGAGACAAAGUUUCAGCAAGGGCUUUGUGCCCGAUUCUGUAAGACAAGAGCUGGUGGGGCCAGCAUUUCUGGUCUACUACGGGCCUGCAUUCUUGCAGAGGAUGGGAACAGAUAGCCCGUUGCGUCGUUUGGAGAUUUUGGCCGAGAUCUACCGUUGCGCCCGGAAGUUGUGGCCAGCGCGCACUGCAGAAGCGGGUGACUGUGUGACAGUGCGAAUUGAUGCGAUCACCAUCCAGGGACAAUGGAGCAGUGCAGAUCCUGAAGUGCUGUUAUUGAGGAUGUGUAGCAGCAAGCAGGCGUGCCUCGAACGGCGUCCGGAGGAUGCGAAAAAGAACCGCGAGGACAACGCCGUGAUCCUCUUCGACAGCGAGCCGCCCACCUUUUUGCCUCAAGCACCCGAGCUGUGCUCCCAGGAGGAGUUGAUCCGCCGAAUCAGCCAUGAGAUGCUGACCAAUGGGCAAUGGUAUCGCAAAGUGGCCUUUGCCUUUCUUCGUCCUGCGAAGCCAGGCGAGGUGAUCACCACCAUGGUCAACGGAAAAGAAGAGACGCGGAACAUUGCACAGGAAAGCGACUUCGUAGUGCAAGCCAACACCAAGUGGAAGGAGAACUACAUCUUGUCCAAAACUCGUGCGUCUGAGGCAUAUGACUUGACGAACCCUAUGGAAAUCCCGAGUGGUCGUCCUGAUGCUUCACAACUCAGCGCUGAAGGUUUCUGCUGCUACAGGUCGCGUACUCGGAUCAAGGCCUUGAAAGCCACUGACGAGCUUCUUCGCAGGCAUUGCCCGUUCAAGCGCUUCAUGGCCAAAUGGGGCACUCCUUGUGUGGUGCAAGUGGAUGAUAUGUUGGCAGCACAGGUCGCUGGAGACACGGUCACAGAGAUCUACAGGAUUGAGAAGACCGUCUUCCGGGAGACCUUUGUUCCCGACCUCGCCAGUGAAAAGUGA